AUGUCCCUGGUCUUCUUCAUCACGGGAGCCUCAUCAGUCUUCGGCACCGAGCUCGCACUCAAGGCCUUUGACCAAGGCCACAAAGUCAUCGCUACUGUUCGCAACCGCCAACGAGCUCAUGGCGCGGUCAGCAAGAUUGAGAAACAGGGAGGCCACGUCCUCGAGCUCGACGUGACAAACGCUCCAGCUUGCUUCUCUGUUUGGAAAGAAGCCCAAGCGAUCCAUGGACACAUCGACGUUCUGAUCAACAAUGCCGGACUCGCAUACCUCGGCGCGAAUGAGGACUUCGCAGACGAGGAAGUCCACGCUCAGAUGGACGUCAAUUUCUACAGUCCCUACCGUCUCAUUCGCGCCGCGUUGCCAUUGUUCCGCCAACGCAAAAGUGGAACCAUAGUCAACAUCAGCAGUGUUGCGGGCAUUGACGAGGGGAUGUCUGAGGCUCUAGCGCGUGAUGUCGCCGAUCAUAACAUACAGGUUCUGAUCGUGGAGCCUGGUGCCUUCCGCACAAACUUUCUAGGGGCUUACAUCACCAACAACCUAGAACAUGUGGAUGAGUAUCCCGUCGUGAAGCAGGUUCUGGAGAGAUUCAAGGCUGUGGCGGGGACUCAGAAAGGCGAUCCUGCCAAGGCUGCGGAGAGGAUCGUGGAGGUUGUCAGUGGGAGCGGGCCGGCGGGGGGUUUGAAGGGUAAGUUGCUGAGACUGCCGUUGGGAAGGGAUUGUUUGGGGAGGUUUGAGGCGAAGAUUGAGAGUUUGAGGAGGGAUGUUGAGGCGGCGAGGGAGGUUGCUGGGAGUACGGAUUUUGAGGAGGUGUGA